AUGCAUUACAACUUUAGGGUGUCCAUUGAAAGGCUGGACCGUGGUGAACCGCCAUCUAUCCAAGAAAGCAUCCAAUCGACUGUACAACGGCUAGCAUCCAGGAACCCCGUCCAAAAGUCCGCCAGCACACUCAAGGACACCACCCCCACCUCCACCGAUAAAGGAUACAUCACAUCCAGGAUCGACCCACGACAACGGCAGCGGCUUUUGUCUGUCGUAGGAACGCCUAAAUCCUUUCAACAGGACGACGACGAGAUCGAUGGCAGUGACGAUGAGGACGAUGGCGAAUUCGAUUUCUCGAUCUCUUCCAGGCGGUCACCUCAGAUUGAUGGCGAGAGGAUUGUUCUUCAACAUAACCCUUAUGGUGUUGCCUACGUGGGGCAAGUAGGAAUAGGAAGCCCACCACAAUACUUCCACCUCGAAUUCGAUCUCGCCACCGCGGACACAUGGGUCACCCAACUCGGAGUUAAUUGCACAAACCCUGCACCCUGCCCCCCAAAACGCCGUCUCUUCAACCCUGCCCGCUCCUCCACAUUCGAACUCUCCCCAGACUUGGCAUGGACGACAACAGCGACGGGGACAGGGAUUCGGUCGGUUUGGGAGGGGAAGAAUGAGGCGAAAGGGAGGUUGAGGACGGAUAUGGUUCAGGUUGCGGGGUUUGUUGUCGAUCGGCAGGUUUUGGGGGUUGCGGAUACGGUGGUGGGCUUUGGAGAGAAAGGCGAUGCGACGCCGGUUGAGAACUUGAUAGCAACCAGUGACAUGAAAUCCGAGAUCGGAGUAUGGUUAGGAUCGAGAGACAGCGGUGGAGAACUAUCAUUCGGAGAACCAGAUCCACUCCGAUACAUCGGUGAAAUGACCUACAUCGACCUACCCCCGGAGGCAGUCUACUGGUCCGUCCCCGUCCGGUCCAUUCUCAUCAACCGCAAACCGUCCCCAUCUCCUCCUCCUCCACCAGCACCAGGACAACCUUUCACACCUGCACCUGCACUAGCGCAACCAGUCAAACCAACUCCUCCACCCCCAAUUGUCUCGGCAACACGGGACCCCAAGAAAUCCAAAAAGCCACCACACCAACAACCCUCCAUCAUCUUUGACACCUCCUCAGACCUCAUCCUCCUCCCACCUACAAUCGCCUUCAAAACACACCAAUACCUCCACAAUUUUCUUUUCGGCUGGUAUUCGGGAUACUCCUACAUAUCAGGCGCCUACACGGUCCCCUGUUCACUCGACACCAACCUCUGGGUCGACCUCGGCCCCGUAAUUCCCGACGUCGUCGGAUCCUCGGGCAUCGCCGGUGGUCCCCCACCCGGUUCUGGAGAAGAAGAAUUGAAGGGAGUAGAAAAGAGAUGGUUCAAGAUUGAGGCCAAGGAUAUUGUGAGGGGGAAGGUGCCGGUGCUUGGGGUGCUUGGGGUCUGUUUUUCGGGCGUCCAGGCGAGUCAGAGUGAGGAUGAUGAUUGGGUGUUUGGGACGAACUGGUUUAUGGGGAAUUAUAUGGUUUUUGAUCAUUUGAAGAGACGUGUUGGCAUUGCCACUUCGCAACGUCCUUAG